CGGCGGGCUACCGGGAUUAUAGCAAUGGGGAAACUCACUCAAUUGAAAAAAAUUAUUAACAAGAAUACCACUAAAAGAAGCGUCUUGAAGCUCAUCAAGUGUCUUCAGAAGAAUAAACUACUUAAAAGAAAAGUCAAAUGCAAACUGUGCCACCGGGAAAUGAAACUGAGGAGGAGAGUGAACUGUGGAGAUCAAUAUGCUUGGACCUGUCGAAGAGCAGCACAUGUUGGACAGGCAAAACAAAUCUCCAUCAGACACAAGUCUAUAUUUAGUCAUUCUAAAGUGCCCCUUAGAUGCUGGAUGCAGUUUAUUUACAGUUCGAAGGAUGAGAUGGCGUACAGGCCAACAGAUUGGUGGAGUGAGGGAAUUUGUCGUAAUCGAUGAGAGCCAUUUUCGUCACAAAAGAAAGUAUGGAAGAGGAAGAAUGGCCGGUGGGUGGAAAAGAAGAAAGUGGGUCUUUGGAAUGCUGGGUAAAACAUCAGGGAAGGACAAGGCCUAUUUUACGCCUUGUAGAAAAAAGAUCACGAAGACAUCUUGUUCCUGUGAUUGAGCUUCAUGUCAGAAUUGGUUCAUCAGUGAUUAGUGAUGAAUGGCGUGCCUAUCAUAUUCUCUCAGCUCUGGGGUAUGACCAUCAUACUGUCAACCACAGUAGGUGGUAUGUAGAGCCUCAAACCGGUGCUCAUACCCAGCAUCUAGAGAGGGCUUGGAGGUCCUACAAAGAGCGGAUCUGGAGACUAAGAGGAAACCGCAAUGACAGUUUACUUUCUGAACACCUGACAGUGAUUGAGUGGAAUGAAUGGCUUGCAAAAAAACAUCGAAAAGGUGCGCUGGGUAGACUGAUUCAUGACAUUUCAAGAAAGUACAGGUAGUCAUACAAAACCAGGACAAAUGGACUGUCUACUCGUAUGUUUAAUGUUUUACUUGAUUUAUUUGAAUGAUACACUUUUAUUUAGAUAAAACUCUUGAUAGGAAUUGUGUAUUUGCAGCAUUUGUACACAAAAAAAUACAGGUAUCCAGCCAUGUUCUGUAUUUUAUUGACUGGGUCAGUGUAUUGUUUUUUGCAUCUUAAAUAAUUACAGUUCAUUGUGUACUUCUGU